CCCCUGCUGGAUUAUUUAACAGGCGCUGAGUCCCAUGUCGCCAUCUGCUAUAGGUAGAAAACACUGCGCAUUAUUCUCCCAGGCACAUGAUACGCGUUAGCAAACGAGAUAAACACAGAAUUAAAACAAAAUAAGUUUUCUAGGCCACAAAAUCAAUCCCAAACUUGUGCAACAGGUGCUGAGCAUCCUGUGGGCGCCAGAGAGAGAAGAAACUGAUAGGUUUACUGGGACAGAUCGUCGAAAGAUAAGACUGCAGCAGGUUAGUUAUCGAUCACAGAUAUGAUAAUGGGCUAAUUAUACGACUUAUGAGACGUAUGAUAAUGGAGUAUUAGUUCAACCUGUAAAAGGGUGUCAUAUAGGCAUAGUAAAAUGAAUGUGUUUGGAAACGGGUGGUGCUUUUGACCAUUCGGCUGUGUUGGGAAGAUGUGGAGCGAUAACUGAGCUGUCCGAUAACAUUACCCGGGUGACUGAGAUGAUUUACAAUGCUGAGCUUGUCCGCUCGGUGAAGUGAUCGGGCUCUACUCAGUCAACCGAAGGCAGGGCUGGUCCAAUCUGCAGCAGUGAUGGUGGUGGAGGGGGACAGGACGCUGCUCGCGGCGAGGCAAGGGGACGUGCAAACUCUCAGAGUGCAACUAACGGCGAACGCGCUAACCAUCGACAUUAAAGACGUGCUGGGGGCUUCCCCGGUCCACCACGCAGCCCGGGCUGGGAAACUUGCAUGUUUGCGUUUCCUGGUGGAAGAGGCAGGACUGCCGGGAAACUGCCUGGCGAACAACGGGGCAAGCCCGGCGCAUGACGCAGCCGCCACCGGCAACCUGGCUUGCCUGCAGUGGCUGCUGACCCAGGGCGGAUGUCGGCCAGAGCAUAGGGACAGUUCUGGCGCCAACAUUCUCCACCUGGCGUCUCGCUUCAGUCACCAUGAGAUCACUGAUUGGCUGCUGAGGAGUGGCGAGGUGGAACCUGGGCUCUCCACCGAUACAGGCGCCCUACCUAUUCACUACGCUGCUGCCAAGGGAGACCUGCCCUCUCUACGACUAUUACUGGGGCACAGUCCAAAUGUUGUAAACGCCCAAACCAAGAAUGGUGCCACACCACUUUACCUGGCCUGCCAGGAGGGACAUCUGGAGGUCAUCCAAUACCUGGUCAAGGAUUGUGGGGCAGAUCCGAGCAUCAGAGCCAAUGAUGGGAUGACCCCCCUGCAUGCUGCUGCCCAGAUGGGCCACAACACAGUCAUUGUCUGGCUGAUUAGUUUCACAGAUAUCAGCCUGACAGACAGGGAUGGUGAUGGGGCCAUGGCCAUGCACUUUGCAGCCAGUCGUGGACAUGCAAAGGUGCUAAGCUGGCUUCUGCUGCACGGAGGAGAGAUCGUCACUGACAACUGGGGAGGGACCCCUCUUCAUGACGCUGCGGAGAACGGAGAACUGGAGUGCUGUCAGAUUCUUGUGGUCAAUGGUGUGGAUCUGGGCAUCAGGGAUCAGGACGGUUUCACGGCAGCAGACCUGGCUGAAUACAACGGCCACACCCAGUGUGCCAAGUAUCUGCGCACUGUGGAAAACAUGAGUGUGGAGCACCGUGUUUUGUCUCGGGACCCAUCGACGGACCUUGAAUACAAGCAGCCAGACUCGGGCCUCUCGUCCCCUAACACCACCAUGCCCCCUGCCAGCCAGGGGGCACACUUUGACAUCAGCUCACCGUCCAGCUCCCUCUCAAACUAUGACUCAGCCAACUCCAGCCAGUCCAGCACUGGAGAGAAAAGGAGCAGCUUAACGGCGUCACGAGGCCCGCCAGCCAAGCUGAACACGGUUGCGCACACAGGUGCAUCAGAAUCUGCCAUUUCGGACAUGCAGGCUUAUAUGGACAUGCUAAACCCAGAUAUUGGCUCUGACAUUCCUAAGAAGAACGAGAUACCAGCCAGUGCUUCCAAACCUCCGCCACCACCUAAAUAUCCACCCCCACCUCCCCCACAGUCUCCCCCAGUGCCCCCUCCACCCCCCUGCUACCCAGCACCGCAGCCCCCAAAGGAGCCAUCGUCAGCGGAGUUUUUGAAGGUGAAGAGCAACUUGCGGCAUGUUGAGAGCAACACUGACAAGAAAGAGCAGCUGACUCCUGGAGAUAGCCACGACAAACUGCGGCGUGUGGAUUCAAACAGGAAGUCGAGGAGCUUCAGCAAGCAGCCCAGCACUGGGGACUACUACAAGAGCCUGGGCAGUGACACAGCGGAGACCCGAGGGUACAAAGUCAUGGCGCCCAAUGAGGAGGGCUCUGUGUUAUUGGAAGAACCUAAUGACAGCUCCGCCCAAAACUCUGAGAAUGGCACCACAGAGGAAUCAGUCGGGCCCCCACCUCCUCCACCUCCGCCCCCUCUCCCUCCAAACAAUCCUACGCCAACACCCCCUCCACCUCCUCCAUUGCCCCCGGAGAUGCCACCCAGCCAGAAUCACUCUUCAAGGUGCAACUCCCUCAACCAGCGACGCCCAUCUUCUUCUUCAGGAAGCACAAAAUCUUUCAACAUGAUGUCCCCCACUGGAGACAACUCAGAGCUGUUGGCAGAGAUCAAAGCAGGGAAGAGCCUCAAGCCCACACCUCACAGUAAAGGCUACACCACGGUGUAUUCAAGCAGCGGACCCACAGGCAACAAUGGCAACACCAUAUCUCCACCAGAGACGCGCACAUGUAGUCCACCACCCAAGCCGUCAUCCCCCCCACCAUCCAAUAAGUCAGUCAGUCCCCCACCACUAACCCCUAGUCCGAGCCCAAGUCCAACUAACUCAGGAUCUGCCAGGACCAUGUCAACCUCUGCAAGCUAUGAACAGCUGACCUCCAACUCAGUGAUCAAUGGAAACAGUGGUGGCUGCAUGGCCGGAGCAGAGUCAGGGCGGAAGAUGAGCAUUGCAGAUGUGGAGGCACUCGUGCCGACUCAUGAUGAACAGGGAAAAGCAAUCCCUGAAUGGAAGAGGCAGGUGAUGGUACGAAAGCUUCAGGUCAAGAUGCAAGAAGAGGAGGAGCACAAACGCAAGGCUGAGGAGGAGGCUGCACGCCUGGCAUCCAUGCCAGCCUGGAGGAGAGACAUGAUGAAGAAGAAAAUGGAUGAAGAGAGAUGUGACAGGGAACAAAAAAGAAAAGCGGAGCAGCAAGCCAAACAGGCAAAAGAGAUGGAGGAGAAGACAGAGCAUGAGCGACUACGGACCCUGGGCUAUGACGAGACCAAGCUGGCCCCAUGGCAGCGACAGAUCAUUCUGAAGAAAGGGGAUAUAGCCAAACAGUGACCUGGACCACCUUCCCAUUCCUCUGGCCCGCAGCACUCCCAACAUUCACCCGCUCCACGGCCUUUGCUGAACACCUAGCCCUCCCUGCUCCGCCACCUUGCACCCUACACUUGGCAGUGGGGAAGCAUUGGUCUCCUCUAAACCCUGUGCUCACUGUCCAGCCUCCAGAAACACAGGACCAUUCUGGGGUCCCUCCUGUCUACAAUACCUUUGAAAACCCCUUAUACUGAAAGUGGUAUGGAACAGGCUCUUCGUCUUCUGUGCUAACAAUAGCCAUAAUAUGCACUGAUUGUCCUUGUUUAAGACACUUGCUAUAAAUGCAUGUGUGCUUAAGUAAAUACAGUUUCUUCCUAUUAUCUACCCAUUAUUUUCCUGCAAAUCAGUAGAAGCUACUUCACAUAAAAAUGUAAUUCAAAACAUAGGUUAAAAAAAGGUGUAAAGGGGCUACUUGUGAGCAUUUUGGCCAUGGUGAAAAAGCCAUUUCUUUCCCCCUCAUUACAUAUCAUCAUAAUGUAAUGAAUGGAAAUGUAGCUCCGUAACAGCUGAGUCAUCAGAAGAUGGCAUGGGCAUAUUUCACGAAUGCAUUCUGUAUGUAGACAAUAUUCAACUGCAAUCAUGUUAUAUAGUUUUGUAUCGAGCUCAUAGAAGCACUUUCUUAUUGGAUUCAUUUUACUGCCAGAACUGUAAUCUUAACACUGCUCAAACUAAUCUGUGACUUUAGAUAAGCUUGUUGUCUUCUUCUCUUUUCAAUAUUGGUAUAUAUCUAUAAAAGAAAAAAGAAUGUAAAGAUUGUGUAGCUGUGCAAAUUAAA